AAUAACCAACCUUUAAAGGCUUAGAACAGGUAGGGUUUAGGGUUUUGGAAAGAAGACCAAACUCUCAAAAUAAAAACAAAAACGCAAUCAAUUCGUCUAAAUCACUGUUCUUCUUUUAGCAGAGGAGAGCGCUCAAGAUGAUUACGGGUGGAAGAAACUUGGUUUCUUCACAACCUGCAUUUUCAAACGAUGCAAAGAAACUUCUCGUAUGCACAGGAAACACCGUUUCUGUUUUCAGCACCUCCACUGGCUUACAGAUUGCUGAAUUAGAAGGUCAUAAGGCAUUGGUAACUUCGGUGGUUGUAGUACCGUCUACUACUCCAGCAGGCAAAAUAUUGUGCUACUGUUGGACAGCGUCACAUGAUGGUACCAUCAAAUAUUGGGACUUUUCAGUGCCGGAGCUGAUGAAAAGUAUUGAUGCCCAGUUCCCCAUUUACUCCAUGGUGAUUCCAGGUUUAUUAUCCCAACCUGCAGAGAGUAGCGAAAAGCCUUCUGAUCUUUUUGCAUAUGUAUCUACCAGAGCCUUCAAAGAACAGCAAGGAGAGGGUAAUGCUUUAUGCUGGCAGAUAAGGAAGUGUAACUUAACCAAGUCUACUUUGGUUGGUGGAGUGACUUUGGCGGAGAGUCAAGACGCACAAUCUAUAACACUUAGCUCCUCUGGAAGAUACAUGGGCAUAUGUGACAAGCGCAAGCUUCGCAUAUGGGAAAUACCAGCAAAAGAUUCUGAUCAAGCAGUGCUUCAGAAAAUCAGGUUACAUCAUACGAAAACCUUGAGCACUCUAGCUUUUCAUCCAACAGAGAGGAUUGUUGCAGCUGGAGAUGUAACAGGAAGGAUCUUAAUAUGGAGCGGUGUUGGGGAGCAGAAUUUACCAUCUGGUAAUAAACAGAGAAAUGGAGGACUAAUGAAGGAUGUGGAGGAAAAGCCUGGAGUUAGGGGAAACGAUGAUGCUGAUUCUUGUACCACACGGCAUUGGCAUUCUGCAGAAGUGAAAGUUCUCUUUUUUUCUUCUGAUGGUGCCUAUGUGUACUCAGGUGGGAAGGAAGGAGUUCUUGUGGUUUGGCAGUUAGACACCGGGAAGCAGAAAUUUCUCCCACGAAUAGGAUCCCCCCUUUUGUAUUUUACCAUGUCAUCUGAUCCUUCUCUGUCCUCUAUAUCUUGUGCAGAUAACCAAAUCCACCUUCUCAAAAUGCCUUCGAUGGAGGUAUUGAGAUCCAUUCAAGGAAUCAAGCUUCGUAGCACACUCCUGGACACGUUCGAUGGCUCAUCUGAAGGAAUUGUUUUUAACUCUGCUACCGGGCUAGUUGCCAUACGUUCAGAAAAUUACUGUGUCCAGUUUUAUAGCUUGUUCGAUGACCGUGAGGUUUCUGAGGUUCAAGUUUGUGAAAGAAGCCACCAACCAGCUGAUGAAGUCACGGUGGUAGUGAAUUUGGUGGCCCUCUCUCCAGAGGGUUCUAUCAUGAUUACUGUAGAAACCAGGCUUGCUGAAGAAGGAAUAGGAGGUCUUGUAUGUCUGAAGUUCUGGUCAUGCAGCUCUUCAAAUAAAGACUUCAGUUUAUCCACUGUUGUCUAUGAGCCCCACAGAGAUUCUGGUAUUUCAUCCAUCGCUUUCCACCCUUCGCGUAACAUAGCUGUUAGUACUUCAUGGGGUGCUGAUUUCAAGGUUUGGGUAGGCAGUCAGGAGAUGCAACAAAAAGAGCGGAUGCAAAAUGCUGGAUGGACAUGCCAUUCUGUUGGUUCUUACAAAAAAAAGGCAAUGACAGCUGCUGCCUUUUCUGGAGAUGGUUCUGUGCUGGCUGUAGCUGCAGAACGAGUUAUUACAUUGUGGGAUCCAGAGAAGAAUAUUCUUGUGGCGACAGUUGGGGAGAGUCUUGAGCCAAUCUCUUCCUUAGCAUUUAUUGGGAAGUCAGAGUAUAUUGUAACCACAUCACAAGGUUCUAAUGCACAAGUAUCAGUUUGGAGCAUGUCAAAGCUGUCUGUAGUAUGGUCUUACAAGCUUAAAAUAGAAGCUGUAACUUGUGCGAUCGAUGAUUCUUUAUUUGCCAUCCUGGCCCUUGGUCCAAAGUCAUUUGGAUCUACGGAUGGGGUGAUCUUAUUAUUCAAUGUUGGAGAUCUUGUUCCCGCAGCGAGCUGGCUUGUAAAAAAGGCAAAAGGUGCUUCACUUGCUUUUAUUCGCGGACGUCCUAACUCGGAGGGUGGUGUUACUGAUGGCAAAUCAGUGCAGUUGCUGUUAGCUUACCUAAACAGUGAUCAUGAAUAUGCUCUUUUUGAUCCACUCAACAGUCACACCCACAUACAUAAGAUUAGCCGAGGAAGUCUCACUGAUCUUGAGGAAACAGGAAAGUUUGGUUAUGCAUCUAUCUACGGGGACCUACCAGAAUUUAGCUUAAAGAAAAAACAAGCUCCAUUAAUCACAUCAGUGCCAUCAGAAAGGCAUUGGGAAACUCUAUUUAGUGGACCAUCUCACAAUCUUCCUCCUCUUACUAAAUUGUGUUCGCUAUUUCUUGAAUCAUUAUUGGAGAAGAGGAGUAGUGCAGUUGAAUGAUCGCCUGUAGUCCAGUUGAGCUUUGUUGAAAGGCAGAAUCGCUGGUGUAACCGAGGUCGUUGUCAUCAUUGGGAUUUAACCCAUUGUAGCUGAGAGAGCUGCCAUUCCUGCACAUAUCUUACUAGCUGGCAGCUCCAGGGUGUGAAUGGUGGAGUCCACUUAUAAUCAGGUCCAAGAAGCGAAUCAGCCGUUCCAUAGAGCUGUCUGAGUUAAAGAAAAAAUGGCCAGAUUGAGUGGGUUUGAAAAUUUUGGUAGCAUGAGUUUAGUCUGGAUGCUUAAUAUUUUUUUUUACAUGUAACUUAAUGAGCCUGCAAAGAUAGUAGGAAUUUCAAUACUGAAUAGAUGUACGAAUUAUCUCUUGAGCAAAUGCUUCUUCGGUUAGUCAUGUUGUGCCUAGUAGUAUAUGAUUCUGUGUAACAUUCAUGGAGCGCACUAGACUCGCUGUUGAACUGUUGAGCUUUUGGUUUAUGAACAUUUCAACUGCCUGACUUAUGAGCGUAACUGGCUUACAAGUCAAUUCUCAGGCGAAGAGAUGAUCUGUCUUGUUUUUUCUUUCCAUUGA